UCAUCACACACGUGCGAAUAUUUUGGAGUAACAUUAUCUUUGUCAUAUCAUGCUACAAGCUCGUCGAAGAAUUUUAGAUAGCGUAAAGUGAAAUAAAGAAAAGAUAGGAGUGAACCAUGUUUCAACUAAAAACUCUAUUCUGAAAAUAUUCUUCUAUAUUUCAUCAGAAAAAUGUUGAGAUCGUGUAUCACUCAUCGUGUUUCUGUGAUAAAUAGAGUUCUGGAAGUUCUGGAUGCAUCAAAAAAUGUGAAUUAUAACUCAUAUGGUUUUAUUCGAUGCAAGUCCGACGAAACUGUUGUAACAAUUGGGGAUGUUGCCAAAAAAGUAAAGCAGAGUACAAAUCCAGAAUAUGUCCCAAGAAAAUAUCUGCUAGCCAAAUCCAGCCAAGAGGAACUCAAACACUUGAAAUGGAUGUUGCAAAAGGACCUGUUGGGUCAGGACAUUUUUUUGGUUGGCGGUCCAGGUCGUACGCGACGCUGCCUUGCCUUAGCAUUUUUGGAACUAACAGGGAGAGAGGCUGAGUUCAUAGCACUGUCGAGAGACACAACAGAAGCUGACCUCAAACAGCGUAGGGAGAUUGAGAGUGGAACUGCCAGCUAUAAAGAUCAGGGUGCAGUAAGAGCUGCCAUUAAUGGAAGAGUUCUAAUCUUGGAAGGCAUUGAGAAGGCUGAGAGAAAUGUACUUCCGGUUCUCAAUAAUUUACUUGAAAAUCGCGAGAUGCAUUUGGAAGACGGCAGAUUUCUCGUUCCUGCUUCAAGAUAUGAUAAAUUACUACAGAACCACAGCCGAGAAGAGCUGGACGUUUGGAAAUUAGUCAGGGUGAGCGAGGAUUUCCGAGUAGUCGCUCUCGGGCUGCCCUCGUCUCGUUACCCAGGUCAUCCCUUAGAUCCGCCGCUUCGUUCUCGAUUCCAGGCUCGUCAUAUUCCUCAGACAUCGUUUAGAGAUCAGUUGGAAAAUUUGAAAGCGAUAGCCCCCGGCGUGGACAGUGUAAUUUUAUCGCAGCUAUUGUCUUGCUGUCAUGCCCUCGUUACAGAGGACGCAGUCAAUCUCGGUCUCCCGGAUUUUCCGUUAGAAAAUCUGUCCGCCGUUGUCAAAAUUCUGGAUAAUUUUCCCGCUCUCACACCUUACGACGCCUUCUACAGACUUUAUCCCUACAAAUUAUUUUUGGGAAAAGAAGGCAGGGACGCUGUUGAAGAUAUAUUGAAAACUUUCGAGAUUUUGGGUUCCAAAAAUUCGGAAGAUCAUUUUAAGAUACAGAAUUCUACAAUCGAGGAUAAUUUCGCACAAGUUACCAUAGGGAAUGGCCACUCGGAAUUCAAAUUCAGUGUCCCUUCUGGCUGUGGUGAGACCAUCGGUGUCGGCACGAAGAUCGAUUUCGUGGACACGAGAUAUCAAAAUAAUCUUUUGGCCGAAAUGAUGCAGUCGCAUUUGGUGACAGAUUUUUGUUUCGUUGGACCAAAAGGCUGCGGAAAAUCAACGACGGUCAAUAAGUUCGCUGAAUUAUUGGGCUACGAUAUCGAACCCAUCGUACUCUAUCAGGAUAUGACUUCCAGGGAUUUGAUUCAGCAACGCACCACCCUACCGAACGGGGACACGGUCUGGAGGGAUUCGCCUCUGGUCCAGGCAGCUUUGGAGGGAAAGUUAGCUGUGCUCGACGGAAUACAUAGAAUCCAUCCGAGCACGUUGGCUGUCGUUUACAGACUCGUACACGACCGUGAACUUCAGUUACACGAUGGAAAGCGACUGAUGAGGGCCGACCGAUACGAGGAUAUAAAAAAUGAGUAUCAAAAGUCUGACGAGGACAUGAAAAACUCGGGAAUUCUCAGGGUACAUCCGUCCUUCAGGGUGAUCGCCCUAGCUGAACCUCCCGUACCGAAUAGCUCGUCGGCGCAAUGGCUCAAUUCCGAAUUACUCAGUUUGUUUCUGUUUCAUGAAAUGCGACCACUCGACGAGGCCGAAGAAACGCGUAUAAUACAGUCAAAGUUCGGCACAAGCAGCAAGGCGUUACUUGACAUAAUCAAGUUGACUCACACCUUACGAUCCUCCUCAGAUGCUACACUACAAUCUUUGGCGUGUUCUCUGAGUACCCGUCAGUUAUUGAGAAUAGCGGAAAGAAUGCACAAAUUUCCAGGAGACGAGGCUUACGAUGCCGUCCAACGGGCUUGUCUGGCUCGUUUUUUACCCGCUAUACCGAAACAGGCGUUAGAAGACAGUUUAUCUCAACUGGGUAUCAGCAAAUCUACGGAAACCAAGACGAAAACGAAUGGAAAGUGCGAAAUUUCGGGUGACAACGUCAAAAUCGGAGAGACGACGGUCGAGAGAUAUCGGACUGCAGCAUUGACAAAAGUUCCCGAUAUUCUGUUCUACGACGUACCUCAACACGUGGCUCUACUGGAAUCUCUCUUGCAAGAUUUCACCCUCGGACAAAAUCUGCUGCUCGUUGGUAACCAGGGAGUUGGAAAGAACAAAAUUGCCGACAGACUUUUACAGCUUAUGAACAGACCGAGGGAAUAUAUUCAACUUCACCGUGAUACCACGGUGCAAACUUUAACUCUCCAACCGAUGGUGAGAGACGGGGUCGUAGUUUACGAAGACUCUCCCCUAGUUCAAGCUGUCAAACUCGGUCACGUUCUUGUAGUCGACGAAGCGGACAAAGCGCCAACUCAUGUAACAUGCAUUUUGAAAACGCUGGUCGAGUCCGGGGAAAUGAUACUAUCCGACGGCCGAAGAAUCGUCCCCUCUUAUUCUCCGCUUGAAAAUUCCGAAUCUCGGAUAAAAAUGCACCCGGAUUUCAGAAUCAUCGUCCUCGCCAAUCGGCCGGGUUUCCCAUUCUUAGGUAACGACUUCUUCGGUGCCUUGGGUGAUCUAUUCAGUACACAUUCCGUAGACAAUCCUAGCAUUGAGAGCGAAAUUCAGCUCCUCAGAGAAUACGGACCCGACGUCGACGACAAAAUCAUUCAAAAGCUUGUCAAAGCGUUCGGUGAAUUACGGAGUAUGGCGGACCAAGGAUUGGUUUCGUAUCCGUACUCGACGAGAGAAGUUGUCAACAUCGUUAAACAUCUACAGAAAUUCCCGAACGAACCAUUAAGUAACGUAGUGCGGAAUGUGUUCGACUUUGACCGUUACAGUCCGGAAGUUUUCGAGACACUCGUGACCAUACUUCACAAAUACGGUAUUCCGUUGGGUACCAGUCCCAAGAAUGUGGCCUUAGCUAAAGAAAUAUCCCUUCGCGACAUCAAGUUCGCCGGGAGUUGGAGCGUCGUUAAUCGGCCGGAGAUUCUCGGUGUUCAAGAGCGUUUCGUUAAGUUGAAAGUCCCAUCUUUUCCAAUUCGGAGGCAGCAUCUUCUGGACCGAACCGAAGCAAGAUCCGGAUGGUUUACCGAGCUUCAAAGCUACUGGACCAUUCCCAUGAGCGAUACAGGGACCGUCGCAGGACUCGCGGUUUCACCGGGCUCGAAAAACGAUUCCUCGGACGACGUGAUACACGCGCUCACCACAAAUCCUUUAUCAAUAUUCAGCAUGUCUUUAGAAUCUGAAGAGAUUGACGAAAUUUCUAUUCAAGGUUUAAUAGCUCCGGCUCGCGGUAAUCGGCCGCGAUUCACCAUGACAACCGAUAGAUCCAGAAAUAUUCUACUCCACGAAGAAACUUCCAAUUCGCUGCUUCUCAUAAACCCUGAAACGGGCGCUGUCCAGGCGCUUCACUCAUCCUCGUUUCUCGAAUCCGCUGGUGACACGUUGUCACGAGCUUUGCGCAGCGGCAAUCUUACUUGGCAGCUGAAAACAGAUCUGUUGAAAUCCAACGAUCAGAUUAUUUCAUACACAAUCCACGCAAACAAACUCGAAGUUAUCGAUUUAAAAUCCAUGAGUGCCUACUCGAUGACCUUGCCCUUCAACGUAGAUUCGAUUUUCUUAUCCUCCCCCUCGAGAUGGCUGGUGCAAGAUAUUUCCAACGGCAAAUACAUCCUGGAGAAAGAAUCCAGCUCGUCACCGUGUCCGAAUGUAUUGAAACCGAUCGACCAAACGAAUUUCGACGUUCAGAAAAUGGGUUGGGUUCUCGGAGGAAGCUGUCAAAAACUCAACGAUGAGUUGGUCGGUGACGUUUUAGAACAGAAAAUAGAAUCGCCCAACAGAUUGCUGGUCACGGACGACACCUACGCAACUUUAGCCGUUGGAUUUCCAGACUUGGACAGUUCAAUUGACAUUUAUUAUUGGCCAAGAAACUCUCGCGUCCGUGGAUACUGUCCGCCGAUCGUAUCGGAAAACGGACAGAUCAUCAAAACGGUUUCUUCGGAACAAGUACCGGCCGACAUACUACCCGGAGGUAAAAAACAGCCGGGAAUCACGGGGUACCUCGAAGUUGUGGAUGUCGCUCACCGCAAACUCCGUUACAUACCGAUACCGGAACCGGGUAAAAUAUCACCGGUCACCGAAUGGCUCUACACGACGAAUUUGCCGGUCUACGUUGCCUCGAUGUCGAACGAAAAUCACGUGACGAUAGACGCGGGAGGGUGCAUUCGACUUUGGGAAACGGCCGUCACCAGCAUAGCCAAGUCGUUGGGUGAAUGGCGAAAAAUGAUCGGCGCCGACGGUGAAUACUUGCAAAUGACCAAGGAGAGAUACUCGGGUCUCGACGUUAGCGGGCCGAAGCACGGUAAAGUCGACCCCAAAAACGAGCCGCACGUCGGGGGCAAUCAGUGGGCCGGUGGAACCGGAGGUAGAGACACCGCGGGACUUGGUGGAAAAGGAGGCCCCUAUCGUCUGGACGCCGGUCACACGGUACACCAGCUGAGCGACGAAGAGAAGAACGCGGUACCCGAACACGUGAAAAAAGCCGCGCGCGAAAUGGGUUUGCGCGCUUUCAAGCAGCGAUUGAGGGACAUUCGAAUGAGCGAAUACGACCACCACCUCUACACGCAGUUCAGCGACGCCGUGAAUAAACAGGUCAAGGCUCUCAGGGUGAUUCUCGGAAGCCUGCAAGCCAAGAGUAAAGAACGUCAGUGGUCCAGGCAUCAAACGUCCGGUGAACUUGACGAUACUAAAUUGAUCGAAGGAUUGACGGGAGAACGGACUAUAUACAGACGGAGAGCUGAACAGGAUCCCGAAGUGGGAGCGCCUCAGCUGAAGCCCAAAAGAUUGAAACUGGUCGUUGACGUUUCCGGUAGUAUGUACAGAUUCAACAGCUACGAUGGAAGGCUCGACAGGGAAUUGGAGGCGUGUGUCAUGGUCAUGGAAGCUUUUAGCGGAUACGAAAACAAGUUUCAAUACGACAUUAUCGGGCACUCGGGUGACGACUAUCGCAUAGAUUUCGUCAAUCAUUCUCAGCCGCCGACCGACAACAAGCAGCGGCUCGAAGUUAUCAAGACGAUGCACGCGCAUUCCCAAUUUUGUACAUCUGGAGAUCAUACCCUGGAGGCGACGCGUCACGCGAUUACGAAUCUAGCGAAAGAGGAAUCCGACGAAUCAAUCGUCGUCGUACUUUCAGAUGCGAAUUUGGAACGUUAUGGAAUUCCGCCUCAGAGUUUCGCUAAAAUUCUUACUUCGAAUCCCGACAUUAAUGCUUACGCUAUUUUCAUCGGUUCUCUCGGUGAUCAGGCAACGAGAUUGACCAAGAAGAUGCCUUCCGGUAAAGCGUUCAUCUGCAUGGACCUUAAAAAUAUACCAAAAAUAUUACAGCAAAUAUUCGCCGCAUCUGUGUUAAGCACGGUUCGUUGAGAAGUUCCGGUGGUAAUCCGAUGCGUUGCAUGGAUCUAUACUCCAUUCCCACAUCAGUGCAGAUACAAGGCACAUUGUAAAUAUCUCGUGAAUUUAUACAUCGGUUAGAAGCGAUAAAAAUAAAAAUAGUUUUGCAAGAA